AUGGCCCCCUAUGACAGCGACUCUUCAGACAAUAGCGAAGACUACUCAACCACGAAUGUCACUCUUGGCUUUGCCAUCACCGACUCGACUGGCGACGACAUCAGUCAUUUGGGCGGCCAUCCCACCUGGCUAAAUCCAAGUCACCCUCCUCCUGCGGCACUGGCUAAAUGCAAAGUAUGCAACAGCUACAUGUCCCUUCUCCUCCAACUCAAUGCGGAUCUCCAGCAAUAUUUCCCCAGCGACGACCGGCGCCUCCAUGUGCUCUGCUGCAGGAAGAAACAAUGCUCAAAGAAGGUCGGCAGCGUCAGGGCAUUUCGAGAGGUCAGGAAGCCCGCCCUACAGGAGAAGGGUCAAAAACAAAGGAUUACGAGAGAAUCACAGACAGUGGAGCCUGUGCAAAAUCUCGGAAGCGCCCUGUUCGGCGAGUCAAGCCAGCAAUUCGGAGUCAACAGUCCAAAUCCAUUUUCAAUGCCGACCAGCUCGAAUGGGCAAUCGAUAGCAAAUCCGUUUUCAUCCAUAGGCUCGCCCUCUCAGUUGGCAGCUCUGCCUCCACAGAGACCAUUCGAGGAACCUCAACCACAGCCACCCACAGAAUCAUUCGCAGCCAAACUGCGAAUCGGAUCGCAACCAGACGAGAAACAGAGCCAAAAGACCACAAAGGACCAAAUACCGUGGCCCGACCCAUCCCUCUUCCCGCCUCCCUACCCUUCCUUCUACCUCGACGCAUACCCGGAGGAGCUCGAAAAAGAGCUUGCGGCCCCUCCUAGCAAGGCAGAGACCUCAAAGACUCAAUACGACAUGGACGACACAGGAGGUGCAAGCAGUGCUGCGGACAAAGACACAUUCGAAUCCAGCCUAGACAAGAGCUUCCAAAAAUUCUCCGACCGCAUCGCCCAGAACCCGGAACAGGUUCUCCGCUACGAGUUCAAGGGCGAGCCGCUCCUGUAUUCGGGUACGGACGAGGUAUCGUCGCGCUUCGUCGUGCCGCAUGGCAAAACUGGGCCGGUGAAGGGGAUACCGCGGUGCGAGAGUUGUGGUGGUUCACGGGUGUUCGAGCUCCAGCUUGUACCCGGGCUGAUAUACGAGUUGGAAAAGGACGACGAGAACGCAAUGGGUUUGGACGAUGGGAUGGAAUGGGGCACCAUCAUUGUGGGGACGUGCGCGAACAACUGCGGUGAGAUGGGGAGAGUCUCCUUCAGGGAGGAAUGGGUUGGGGUGCAGUGGGAGGAGAGAGUUGUUCGAAGAUAA